AUGCCGGCGCCGGCCGCCGAGCCGCGGCUCAAGAUGCCGGUCGACCGCUUCGCCAUGAUGCGUCAAGUCAACCAGGAGGCGAACGCAUCCGCAUUUGAUACGGUGUCGGCGACGCAGAACCACCGCGAGCGCAAGGAGCAAGAGACCAAGCGCCGCGCCGAGGUGGCCCUCAUGGAGAAGGAAGACUACACGUUCACGCAAGAGGGCGUCGACCGGCUCAAGCGGCGCGAGGCGCGGCUGCUCAUGGAAGCCGAGGAGAAGCGAACGCGGCAGAUCCUGUCGGCCGAGGCCGCUGCCCGGUACGCGGCCGCCGAGAAGGAGCGCAAGCGCAUUGAAGCCGAGGAGCGGCAGCGACUGCUCGAGGUGCACCGCGCGCAGAUGGAAGCGCAAAAAGCCGCAGAAGCCGCCGACCUCGCGCGCAAGCUCACGGAGCGCGAAGCGCGGCUGAAAAAGAUGAAGGAAGAUGCGGAUCGCAAAGGUGCGGGAAGAUGCGCCAGCUGA